GGAUAAUUUUUAAUAGUCGAUGUUGUGCAAAUAACUCAUCUAUAGGGGAGAGUGGGCCAGAGUGAGACAUGGGGUACAGUGAGACAUGUCUUUUAACUCCAACUAUUAUUAAAUGGAAAUUUCUUUCAAUAUUUCCCAUGUUGGUACCCUUCAUGACCUCCAUUUUUAUUAUGUUUUAAUGUUGAUGACACCUGAUAUUAACCAGAUAUUUUAAAGUGUUGGUUUUCAGUCAUGACACGCAACAGGAAGAGAAAAACAACUAUUGGAACAUUUAAAGAAGAUGACAUGAGAGCAGCUGUAAAACUUGUGGAGGAAGGCUUGUCAGUGCGAAAAGCUGCAAAAACUAAAGGUUUAGCUUUUCAGACACUUCACAGGUGAGGCUUAGUGCUAUGAGAUUCAGGCCUACUUAUGGUUUAUAAAAUAUGUCUUUCUCAACAAAAUUGUUUCGUGUUUUAGGUAUGUGAGAAAAAAGAUGAAUAAUCCCUAAAUGGCUAACAUGAGAAUGUGUCCCAAGUACAACAGUCGCCAAGUGUUUAACACUGAACAAGAAAGCGAGUUGAAAGAUUAUCUGUUAACUUGUUCAGCUAUGUGUUAUGGCCUGAGUUUGAUGAACUGCAGAGAAUUAGCAUUUGAAAUUGCAUCAAGAAAUGGUAUUGAUUGUCCCGAAACAUGGAAAAUCCAAAAGAAAGCUGGAAUAGAGUGGGUCCGGGGUUUUUUGAAGAGGCAUCCAGACUUAUCCCUAAGGCAGCCAGAAGCUUGCAGUUUGUCACGUGCUACAUCAUUUAAUAAACACAAUGUGGGGCUGUUUUUCGAUAAACUUGAGACUGUGCUUAAACGAUCUGACCACUUCUCCAAUGGAUUGCGUAUUUUCAAUUUUGAUGAAACUGGUUGCAGCACUGGUCAAAAACCAACCAAAAUCAUUGCAGGAAAAGGAGUGAAGCAAGUUGCAAAAGUAACAAGUGGCGAGAAAGGCAGCCUCGUCACAUCAUGUUAUAUUGUCAACGCAGCAGGGAAUACUCUUCCUCCAGUCAUCUUCCCAAGAAUGCAUUUUAAGGAACAUAUGCUUCAUGGUGCCCCCACUGGAAGUCUUGGCCUCGCAACACAGUCAGGUUGGAUGAAUGGUGAACUCUUUGUUGAAGUUUUGCACCAUUUUGUGAAGCACUCAUUUUCCUCGCUAGAAAAUCCCGCUGUUUUGAUACUGGACAUUCACGAGAGCCACUUAAGUAUAGAGGCUAUCGAGUUAGCCAAGGAAAAUGGGGUAACCAUUUUAACAAUUCCUCCUCACUGCAGUAAUCGCCUUCAACCACUUGAUGUAUCAGUGUUUGCGGCCUUCAAGUCUUUCUAUAAUGCUUCGGUUGACUCGUGGAUGAUGAGAAACCCUGGAAAAACAGUUUCGAUAUAUGAUGUGGCAAGUUUAAUUUGUGAAGCACACGAAAAAGCAAUGACACCCGCAAACAUCACACCUGGAUUCCGCAAAACAGGAAUUUUUCCUUUUAACAGGAAUGUGUUUUCAGAGCAAGAUUUUUUGGCAAGUGCUGUGACUGACAGGGAAAUUAGUCCUACACCAGAAGCUACGAGACCGUGCAGUAGUAAAGACAUUCCAAUCCACAAUUCAAUGGUGACGACUGGAGAUGGACAUUCUGAAGAAAAUAGCUUGACACCUAGUUACAUAAGCCCAGUAAACAUACAUAACUAUCCCAAAGCAGGAAAGAGAUUGGAGUCUGCUAAUAAAAGGAAAAAGGGAAGAUCUUUCAUUCCAACUGACACACCAGAAAAAAACCAACUUGCUCUUCAAUACCAACAUAAAAUGAACAGCAAGAGAGGUCUAUUCAAGAAGUGUGACCCUAUAAAAAUAAAAUUCACUGAGAUUUCAAAUGAAGAUGAAGAGUUUUCUGAAUCUGAUGUUUCUUCAGACAAUGAAGUAAUACAACUUCAAUCAUACGACCAACUUGCGAGGAAGCCUAAAGAAGUUGACUUUGUCCUGGUAGAGUUUUCAGGAAAAAACACAAAAUUUUACAUUGGGGAGGUGCUACGAGAAAUAGACAUUGAGGAUUAUGAAGUCAAGUUCCUGAGAAAAAGUGAAAAAAUGUGGAGGAAGUUUUUUUACCCAUAUGUUCCAGAUAUUGCAUCAGUUGCUACAAAAGAUAUUAGAGCAUUAUUGCCUGUUCCUUCUGAACAUGGAAAAACCAAAAGACAAAAGUCGUACCUCAAAUUUUGUGUAGAUUUUGGACGGCUGAAUGUUCUAUAAAUUUUUCCUGGCAUUUAUGUUGAAGUGCAGUGAUUGUUGUUAGGUAAAUCUGAUUGUUGUAUAGCGUAUUCAGUUUGUCUCACUGUGGACCACUGUCUGUCUCACUGUGGAACAUCUGUGGGGUACAGUGAGACGUUUGAUAUGUAAUGAAGAAUUGCAUUUUCUAAGAAAAGGUCUCAUAUAUUACGGAAUUUAUAGUUUGCAAUAAUAAAGAGCAUUAAUCAGGCUAUUUUUUGGCAUAAGAGGAUGUCUUUAAAUGUAGAAAAGUAAACAGUGAUUUCAAAUAAAAAAUUUUGUGUCUCACUCUGGCCCACCCUCCCCUACUGAUAGUGAAACUGUUCUGAGAAAUAAGUAGGUAUGUACACUAAAUAAAAAUUAUUAAAAUAGAAUAAGGAACAAAUAUUAUACUUUAGAUAUGUAUUACAAAUUUAAAUAUAAUUGUUUUAAAAAAUGUUGCCUGAUUUUUUUCCCGUCAUGACUUAAAACAGUAGGUACUGAACGGAUUUUAAAGAAACUUUAUUUAUUAGUACAAACUUUAGCUUUAUUGUGAAGGUCCACAGUAAUUAUUUAUAUCUCCGAAGCAAAUAAAGUAAAAUUUAAGUUAUUGGUUUAUAUCAAAUAUACGAUGAUCACCAACGUAAUUUUACCAUUAUUAUUUUUUUAUUCCACCCCGAAGGGUUGUAAGCGAGAAAAUUUUAGUGUAAUGUAGUGAAAAAUCAUAUCUACAAAUCUACCAGAGCAGUAGGUAAGACUCUAAGGCAUGAACUUUGCUAUAUGAUUAUAAAACCAUAAUUCCUUUCGAGGUAUCAAAAGCUGUAACGUGCGUUUUUUGUAUUUUGUUUUUGUAAACGCCGGGCGUUUUUUCAUCAUUAAAAAUUUUUGUUUUCAAAACUAUUAAACAUUUAAAUCCGCUCUUAUUAUUUGGAUCUGAAACUGUUCCAGACAAGAUAAAGAUCGCGUGUGUGUCGAUGAUUUCCUCUUCCAUAAAUUAACUGAGUGUUUCAUCCAGCUGUUAAAUCUCUUCACUUAACUAGCUACGUUACAAUCGACAAAAUGUUUACAGGACGAUAAUAAGCCAAUUAAUUGUAUAAAAAAAACAUAGCAUAUAAGUACGCUGAUGAUCGGAGCGAAGGAUUGUUCUGUGACACUUGAAAGCAGGCCAGCGGGCUGAUUAUGAACUAGCGGUGGGUUGGGACAGCAAUUUUCGGUAUCAGUCCCAACCUGAUACUGAUACAGUAAUGUACCUAGGUACAAGUCUCUGAUAUUUCUGUAUCAGACGGUCCCAGGAGGCAACAAAGCUCCGCGUACGCAGACUGUGCGACCGGAAGGAGAAUCUGAUACAUUAUUUAUCACGCCCGGUAAUUCUCUACCUCUGUUACUCUCAUGCCCGCCUGAUACAGCCAGUAUCAAUCAGUUCAACAUUCACUGCAGUUCGUCCUGGCCGUGUAUCACCAUGUACAUUGUUGCGGGCUGUCAUGCUUUGUAGUUAGUAUCUUUAUAGUGAAAUAAGGAAUGGAUAAGUGCACGAAAAAGACUUCAUUUGUGUGGAAUUUUUUCACGGAAAAUAAUGAGUUUGCUAAUUGUAAUUUGUGUAAACAAAAACUGAGUUAUAAAUCAUCAACUAAUCUGAAGAAACAUUUGAAACGUAAACAUUGAUAUAGUAUGCUCACUAAUGUACCUAUCUGUUUUUUAUUUUUUAUUUUUGAUAAAAUCGUGCAUUUUUAAUGUAUAAAAACACUAGUUACUAAUUGUUUUCGAAAAAAGAAAGUCCAUAUGUUGAUUACAUCUGUUAUUAGUGUCAACUGAGAAUUUAUUUGCAUUUUCAUAGCUGUUAGGUGCACAAAUAUAAAUAUUAUAUCUUGUAUUACUUUGAAGUAGGAGAAUAAACAAAACGACUUGUAACCAGGGCUGCCACUCUGAUAUUCAUGAAAAACCUAGAUAACCUACAAAAAAACCCAGACACAUGGGUAAAAAACCCAGAUGCGUAUAAAAUGCUAUCGUUGAAAAUGUUUGCGUACUAAUUCAAAAAUAUAAACAUAACUGGUUUUAAUAUAAAACAAUUAAUUACCUUACAAGACUGAAAACGGUUAAAUACAACCAAUAAAAGAAAAUUACACUGCAGCAAAAUGGCUGUAUAAGUAAUUCUUGGACCAGUACAUAUCAUAAAAAUACCUACAAAUAUAUACAUGACAAAACAAACACCAUCACUGCAUCCUUUAAACCGGUAAUUGUUUUUAUAAAACUGCAUCAUGUACGUUAGUCUUUAUUCAGAGUCUGAUUCUACAAGAUUGGUUUGAAGGUUAAUUGUUGCAUUGGUUUUGUGUUCUGCAAGCCUCUUUGAAGAAUGUGUCUAAUUUAA